AUGGAAGUAGCAACAGAAGGGGGAUCCUUUGAAAAGCUACAAUUUAAAAAAUGUGAAGAUAAGUAUAUUUUAGAUCAACAUUUAAGGACUUGUUUUAGUUAUUUAUUAUUAUAUAUUAUAAAGGAAUGCGAUUAUUUAUAUAAAAUAAAAUAUAAUAUUAUACAAAAUGCUUUGAAAACAUGCAACAAUCAAUACAAAUAUUCCAACUUAAAUAAUUAUAAAACAUUGUCAUAUUUAUUAUAUUCUCAGAAAUGGGAUAAUAAUAUAAUUUAUGAUAUUAUAAAUAAUUCCAAUUAUUUUUGUAAUUAUUUUGAAUUAUAUAAUGAAGAAAAUUAUUUCCCUCAAAAUAUUCAUAACAUAAAUCAAACAAAAAUAAAAUACUUAUCAAAUCCUUAUGAAUGUGUUAAAAGUUCAAUCAAUUUAAAAGAACAAAAUAAAUAUGAAGAAAUACCACCUUAUAUACUAUUUGAUAACACAACAAUAAGGGGUGUAACAAUACAUCAUAGUUUAGAAAAUGAAUUUCCCCAAAUUUUGGAUGGAAUAAAACCAUUCUUAUCAGCAAAUAAGCAUCACGAUAAUAAAAAACAAGCCAAAAAAAUGAACACUAUUAUUGACACCAACAACCAUAAUCAUAUUUGUAAAACUUUUAUUUCGUCAUUUCAAAAUGAUAUAAAUAAAACUGAUAUUGACACAUUUAAUGAAUCCAUAUAUGAAUAUGGACAGCACUCAAAAUGCUUACAAUAUAUUCAAAGAGAAAUAUUAAAUAAUAAUAUUGUGAAAGACGAAAUUUCUUUAUCUGAAUACAAACCCCUUCACAAUAUUGAUAAUAUUAGUCGAUUUAGUAGAAAUUGUGAAUAUCGAGAUAAUAGUAGUCGAAAUAACGAUGCCGGACAAGAUAACAAUGAUAAACAUGAAAGAAAAAGAGGUAAAGAACAGGAAAUAAAUAAUAAUGACAAUGACAAUAAUAAUGACAAUAACAAUAAUAAUGACAACAAUGACAAUAAUAAUGACAAUAACAAUAAUAAUGACAACAAUGACAAUAAUAAUGACAACAAUAACAAUAAUAAUGACAACAAUGACAAUAAUAAUGACAACAAUGACAAUAAUAAUGACAACAAUGACAAUAAUAAUGACAACAAUGACAAUAAUAAUGACAACAAUGACAAUAAUAAUGACAACAAUGACAAUAAUAAUGACAACAAUGACAAUAAUAAUGACAACAAUGACAAUAAUAAUGACAACAAUGACAAUAAUAAUGACAACAAUGACAAUAAUAAUGACAACAAUGACAAUAAUAAUGACAACAAUGACAAUAAUAAUGACAACAAUGACAAUAAUAAUGACAAUAACAAUAAUAAUGAAAACAAUGACAAUAAUAAUGGUGAAGAGGGAAACGACAAAAAUGGAGAAGAUGGUGAAGGGGAAAAUGUUGAGAAGGAAAUUAGUGAAAAGGAAAAAUAUAAAUUUUUUUAUAAGAAAAUAAAAGAAAUAAAAUCGAAUGUUUUUGUAAAAAAAUGCAAAAAUGUUGAAAAACACUUCAAAAAAAAAAUAUUUAAUUACAUAAAUAAGAAUAAUAUAAUAUGCAACAUGAAUAUAGAUACAAUAUUCAUUUAUAUGAAAAAUAUAUAUUAUUUAAUUUUAAACAAUAAACAAUUAGUAUUUUUUUUCAUAUAUAAUACUAAUGAUGUUAUGAAUGCUAUUAUUAAUACAGAAAAAUUUAACGAAAUAAAUUACAGUGAAAAAAAUUUUUUUUUAUAUUUCUUAACAAAUGAAAAAGAGAUAUAUAAAAAAAUAUUUGAUGCAAUAAAUUUAAAAUAUGAUAAAAAUGAACUUAUAUUAAAAUUAAAAAAAUUAAAAAAAAGGUUAAAUGAUUUAAAACAUACAGAAGAAACAAAUUUAUUUGAAGAAAGUAUGAAACAACUUGAGUUAUUUAAAGAUAUCAAAAAAUGUGUUAACACUAAUAAUUCCAAUUCUCAAAAUAAUAUUUCCAACCAAGAUAUUUAUAAACUUUUUAAUUAUACAAAUAAAAGGUUUUUAAAAAAUUAUAAGACAGUAUCUCAUAAACUGUCAUUAAAAAAUUUGUUACCCAAAUUAUAUAAUUGUAAAGAUUUAAAAGAAACUAAUAAUUUAAUAUGUAAUGUUGGUAAGCAUGUUAAAAGUGUUACAAAGAGUGGUGUUGGAUAUGAUGGAAAAAAGAAAAAAAAAAACAAAAAGAAUAAAGAAGCAAACAUGAAAAAAAAUAAUAUGAAUAAUUAUAUGCCUAAUAUGAAUUUUCAUUACAAUAACUUUGCUAAAGGUGCAAAUAUCAAUACCUUUAUCAACAAUAAUAUAGAUAAUUCUCAAAUAAAUAACUCGUUUAAUUAUUUGGGGGAUUUUCAAAAUGUUCAAAACAAUGGGCAAUCAAAUAAUAAUAUUAGCAACUAUUCGAAAUUUUAUAACAAUAUGCAGUAUGUACAACAUAUGCAACAUACUGGAAAUUUUAAAGACAACAAUUUAAAUGAUAAAAAUGGUAAUAAAAAUAAUGAAACAGAUGAAAAAGGUGAUGAACAUGAAGUAAAAAAAAAAGCAAUAAGAGGUAUAACUUCAUUUACCUUAUUUGCCCGAGAAAAAAGAAAAGAAUUGUUAAAUCAAAAAGUAUUUCUAGGAAGCUCUUUAACGGAACAAACAUCUGCUGUUGCUAAAAUUUGGAAUAAUUUAAGUGAUGAAAAAAAAAAAGAAUGGGCUGUUAAAGCAUCCAAAAUAAAUGAAGAAAAUUUUUUAUUACAAAAAAAAAAAAAAAAAAGAAAAUUUACUGCUUUUAGUAUAUUUGCUCGUGAAAAAAGAAAAGAGUAUAAAGAAAAAAAUAUCGAUAUGGGUUUAACAUUAGCUCAACAAAAUUCUUAUGUAUCAAAAUUAUGGAAACAAUUAUCUAAUGAAGAAAAAAAUAGAUAUAAAUAUUUGUCGAAUACUGUAAAUGCCGCUGUAGCAAAAAAUAAUAAAAAUCAGAUAAAUUAUAUUAAUGGCCAAAAAGUUAGUGGAUUUAAAGGAAGAAUUAAAGCUUUAGAUAAUAUGAUGAGUCAACACUUUUCAAAUAAUAAUAAUUUCAUGUAUAACGAUAUGAAUAAUAUGUCAAACUUUAACAAUAGUAACAAUAAUAAUAAAAUUAUGUAUAGCCAAAACCAAGCAAUGAUGGGAAAUGAAAAUAAUCCAUAUAAUAUGAAUUAUAUGACUAAUAUGCAAAAUAUUGCACAAGGCGAUAAUAAUAUGAAUUAUUUUAAUUAUAUAGAAAAUAUGAAUAAAAAUAUUUCAAUGGAAUACAUAAACAAUGAUAUGAAUAUGAUUCCUGAUAAUGGAGAUGAUAAAGGUAAAAAAAAUUCCUUAAAAAAAAAUAAAAAAAAAAAAAAUGAAAAUUUGAAUGGUCCAAAUCAACCCAUGAAUAAUCCUAACUAUAUGCUAAAAAAUACCAAUUCAUUUAAUCAACAAAAUUACAAUUCUUUAUCAUAUCACAAUGAUGGUUUAAAUAAUACUAACAAUUAUUAUCCCUUAUCUUUUCCUAAUGAUAAUAAUGAUGAAAUUAAUAAUAACAAAAUAAAUAAUAAUUCUGAAUUGUACAGAAAUAUUGUUAUUAAUAACAAUACUCAGAAUUUGAUAACAGAAAAUAAUCAAAAUGUUAUGAUAAAUAAUAUGUAUGAUCAAAAUCAAAUAUCCAUGAAUGCCAAUAAUAUAGUAAAUACAACUACACAAAUGACCAAUAUGAAAAAUGAUAUGAUUAUAAAUUCUGAUGCCCCUAUAAUAAAUAAUGCAAAAGGAGAUCAUAAUAUAUCAAUAAAUCAAAUAGAUAAUAAUGAAUUGAUACAAAAUCAUGCUAAUGCUUAUAUAACCAAUGGACUUAAUAAUAACAAUGUGAAUGUAAAUGAAAAUUCUGGAAUAUCAAAUAAAAUAAAUUUUCCAGUACAUGAACAUAGCGAAUUUUCAUUUAAUAAAUAUUCAAAUGAAACGAAUGAAAUUUAUGAGCAUGAUAAUGGAAAUACUGCUGGGGCAUCAAAUGGCCAAACUAAUAUGGUUAUGCAUAACUAUCAAGUAAUAAAUGGUAAUCAAAAAAAAGGGGCAAAAAUUGAUGUUAUUUUAAAAAAAAAAAUUAUGAAAGAUGAAAAAAAAAAAUUAAAAGAAGAAAAAAUGAUGUUAAAAGAGUUUGAUAAAAGAAGGAAGCAAUUAUUAAAAGCUGAAAAAUUAAUGGAAAAAAAUAAAAAUAAAAAAAUGCCUAAUAGUGACAAUAAUGGAAUUGCGGGUAUUGAUUCAAAUUCAGAAUAUUAUGAUUCUGCAAAUAUAAUGAAUAACAAUAAUAAUAAUAAUAAUAAUAACAACAAUAUGGGUAUGUAUAUGAAUAUAAACAAUUAUGAUAUCUCCAAUCCGUUAAUAAAUAACCCAAUGAUUAACAAUUAUAAUUUUUAUGCAAACCCCGAUAAGAAAAGCAUAAACCCUUUGAAUAAUAAUAGUAUAAACAUUGUAAAUAAUACACCAACUACUAUAAGUACUCGAAACAAUACUAAUAAUACAAAUAACAACAAUGGUGUUAUUUCUGCGCCUACUAAUGAAGGAAAUAAUGAUAACCAUCUUUCGAAUAAAGGAUUAAUAAAUUUUAAACAUGUAAUAAAUGGAAAUGGCCAAAACAUAUCUAAUGAUGAUGAAUUUCCAAAUUAUACUUAUGCUAAUAAAUUUAUGACUGAUUCAGGUGGAGUAAUCCGAAAUAAUAAUUCGAUAACUAACGAUACUAAUAUACAAAUUUCUGAUGAUAUUAAAAAAUAUGACCAUGUAAUAAAUAAUAAUACUCAUGAUAAUACAAAACUAGCAAAUCAUAUUUCCGAUCAUCAUCAUAUAUCAAAUGACCAAAUUCCAAAUCCUGAAACCAAUUCAUCAGCAGUUAGUUCUAAUAUACCCGAUGCUAUAAACCACCCAACUUAUUUAAAUGUUAAUAAAGAAUAUUAUAACAAUACUAACUAUUUUAACAAUGUGAUUUCAAAUGAUCAAAUAAUAUUUCAACACACAAAUGGAACAUCAAAUGUUGUAAAUAAUGGAGUUCCGAUUAAAUACUUAAUUGAAAAUGGUUCAAGUUCAAAUAAAAUAUAUGGAUAUAAUAACAACAAUUAUCUUAAUAAUAUUAAUCAAAAUGAAAGAACGACAAAUGGAAUAUCUGGUGAGUCGAAUAAUAAUUCUGGUGUUAUUAUAAAAAACGAUGAAUAUUUUAAUACUAUUACAAUAGAAAAAGACAAUAAUAAUAAUAAUAAAAUAAAUAAUUCUAUUUCAUAUGACCCAGAUGACAAUAAUCAUAAUUAUAACAACAUUAACAACCCUUCAACACAUAUACAUAAAUCUAAACAGCACAAUCAAUCACAAUAUAUAAAUUUAAAUGAAACAAUAAAUAACGAUAUUAACAUGGGAAUGAAUAUGGAAUACAACAAUGAACUGAAUUACAUUAAUAUAAAUAAUAAUGAUAACAAUAAUAAUAAUAAGAAGAAAAAUAACACCACAUCCUAUUUUUAUCCCCAUAAUAGAAAUAACAAUAUUCCUAAUAAUUUUCUUCCAAAAACUAAUGAAAAUAAUACAACAUCUCUUAACUGUAUGCCUAAUGGAGAUAAUAUAAUGUAUUUCCCUGAUCAUGUUGUUUCAGAAAAUAAAAUUUCAGGAAACCUUGUUUAUUUUGACUCGGAUAUGAAUAGAAUAUCUGGAGGAAUUGAAGACAUUGAAAUAAAUGGCCACAAAAGGAAACAAUUUUUUAAUAAUGCAUCUCAUUUUUUAGAGUUAGUUGAUAAAAAAAUAAUAAAACGGAAAAAAAAAAAAUCAUCUUCUCUGAAUGCUGUGAAUGGAGACAAUGAUACAAUAUGGGAUUUAGUUUUGAAAAAUAAAACAAAAAGGGAAAGGAGGAAAAAUAAAAAAUCAAAUAAUAUAACAAUAGAUAAUACAUUAGAUGAUAUUAUUAACUUUGAUAAAAACCAAAAUAAUGAUUUAAAUAUGCUUUGUCUAAAUAAUAACGGAUAUUAUUUGAACAAUGAUAAUGAUAAUCAAAUUGAAACCAAUGAAAUAAAUGAAUUAACUGACAAAGAAAGAAAUGAACAACAUCCUGAAGAAGAUUCUCAUAAUCCAAAUAAUGAAAAUGAAGAUGAUAUUCUUAGUUUUCUAAACAUUUGUAUGCCAAACUAUUCCACCAAAUUAAAUAUAAAUGAACGAGGUGAAGUUGUUUAUGACGAUAAACGCACAUAUAAUUCAAAUACAAUAAUGAAUGAUAAUGAUAAUAAUUUUAAUUUUUUGAUGAAAACAAAAAAUAAAGUUAACGAAAAUUUAAAUAAUUGUCAAAUUGAAAAAUAUAAUAAUGCAUAUAAAAAAGCGAAAUUAUGCAAAUGGUCAGAACAACAAACUAAUAAAUUUUAUGAAGUUAUUGAAAUGUUUGGUAUUGAUUUGAUGAUGGUUAAGGCAUUAUUGCCAUCUUUUACAGAUAAACAAAUUCGGGAUAAAUAUAAAAAAGAAAAAAAAAAUAAUCCUUAUAGAAUAGAUCAAGCAUUAAAAAAAAAUAAAGAAAUUGAUUUAGAAGCAUAUGAAAAUGAACAUGGAAAAAUCGACCACUCGACACACCAUAAUUAUUAUGACUCAACUAGCGAUUUGGAUAACUCUUCUCCGAAAAAAAAUAAUAAAGACGUGGAUGAUUCAGAGAUUAAUAUCUUAAGUAUUUUUGGCAAUAAAGAUGACGAUUACAAUAACAAUGCCAAAAACCAAGGAGAAAAUACGGGCAUCACAGAUUUUAAUAUUCUGACUUUAUUUUAA